AUGCCCCCUACAACCCCAACCCUGCCUGGGGGGACCACAACUCACAAGAGAAAAGCACCUCCUCCUCCAAAGUCUCCUAGACAGGGUACACAGUCUUCCCCAGACCUGCAUCAUGGCCCUACCCAGUGCUUAGUGCCAGACAACUCUGCUUCUCCUUCCCCAGCCCCUAAGACUCAACACUCCUUUCCAGACAACUUUUUAUGGAGUGAGGCAGAGGAUGAGGAAGUGUUUGAGGAGAUCCGCAGGCUACGGCUAGAAAGGGGACAUCUACUACAGAAGAUUAAGGCUCUGGAGCAGCAACAGAACAGCACCACCGCUGCACUGGAGGAGCUGAGCUCACUAAGAGAGUGUUUGAGAGAGGCAGAGGCAGAGCGUGAUUGCCUGGAAGUAGUGCUGAAGGAGCUGGGAGGUGUUCAGCUUAGCAGUACAACCUGCAGCAUUAGUAGGGCUACGGAUGAUAUGCUGGAUUUCCCUGGUAAGUCCUGCUUCCUUUAUCAAGCAGUUACAAUGGCCUUAAUACAAAGGAAAAAAAUUAUGCUCUACAAAUCACUAUACUACAAUACAUAUGCGGAGCUGCCUCCUGCACAAGCAGAGAACUCAUCUUGGGAGCAAAUGAACAGUGUGGAGCAGCUUUGCAGGCAGGUGGAGGAGCUGACUGCACAGAAUGCUGAACUGGUUCUCAAAGUACAGAUGCUGGAGAUGUUUGAAAAGGAUGACACAGACUUUCAUAGCUCUGGUCUUGACUUUGUGCCCAUGACUGUCUAUGAUUCCUUAAAGAGAGAGUUUGAAAAGCUGCAGCAGCAAUACACCAGAGCUACUAAAAGCUCAAACACUGCAGAGGACCCUGGGUCUGAGAACAAUCCUGAAGACAUAGGUGAGGUGGAAUCCAAGGAGGACGAGGAGGAGGGUUUAGCUAGAGAAAUAGUGAAGAAGAAGGGAAAACAGAAAAGCCUAGAGCAACAGCUAGCCUGUGCCCAUGCUGAGUUGGAGGAGCUGAGAAAAGAGAUGCAGUUGGGUAUUGAUUCUGUGACUGCAGGUUUAGCAGUUAGCCAAUCCAAAGCUGAAGAGGAGGGGCUGAGCUUAGACAUGCAGAAGUUGACAGCCCGGGUGCAGGAACUGGAGGCAGAGCUGGCAAACAAAGAGGUAGCGUGGAAGGAAGGGAUGAAUGAGAGUGACAUAAUCCAGCAGUUGAAACAAAAGGUGGAAGAGUUAGAGGAAUCUCUACAGGUGAAGGAGAAAGAGGCACAGGAUAUGAACGAGUCAGUGGAGAGAUCAAAACAACGAAUAAAGGAGUUAGAGGUGGCCCUGGAGCAGGGCAUUGGGGCAAGGUGUUUGGCAGAAGGCGAGGAAGAGUCGCUGAAUAAAUUACAGGUGCGUGUAGCAGAGCUAGAAACUGAACUAAGUAAGAGUAUUCCUCGUGAGCAGCUGGAUGAGGUGCAGGUCACCCUGAGCCUCCAGCUGGAGCAGCUAGCUCGAGAACGUUCUGAGAUUGCCCUCCGACUCAAUCAAGCUAUGCUAGACCUGGAGAGACUUUGCCCUCCACCUCACACUGACAAAGAUGACAGCGACGAAGAUGAAGAGGAGCAGUCUGAGAGCUACAAGUCAUCUGAGUUGCAUGGUGGAAGAACUUUGAGGACAGUUCAAGAAGAGCUGGAGGUGACAGACAUGGAAGCACUGAAUGGCUUGUGUGCUGGGAAAGAGGGCUGUGUUCAGGAUGCCCUGCAGAUGAAGGAUGCAGUAUCACUAGCCGAACACCAGAAGGCACUGUCUGCAAUAAUGCAACAACUAGCUGAGACAGAAAAUAAACUGCAGGCUGAGCGGGCACUUUGUGAGAAUGCCCAUGCUGAACUGGCCAGGCUGAAAAGUGACCUGCAGGACGCACGACAUGGCAUGAUGAGCAAGGAGGAACAUGAAAGGAUCAUGGCUGAGCUGCAGCAUACCCUAGAGGAGAGCCAGAGUGCUGUAGCAACAGCCCAUGAGGCUCUGAGUGUUAAAGAGCUGGAACUGAAGGAGCUACAAUCUCAGAAAGCUGUAGAACUGGAUAUGGUAUCUAAAGAGGACCAUGAAGCCCAGCGACUCUCACUUCAGGCUGAGAUCAACACGCUGACUGCCUGCCUGGCUGACCUUACACGCAAGCAUGAGAAAACAUGCACCGAGGUGUUCCAAGUGCAGAGGGAGGCUCUCUUCAAUAAGAGUGAACGUCAGGUGGCCGAGGCACAGCUGCUCACGGUCCAGCAGCAGUUAGCAGACCUGCAGGCUCAGUCCAGCCACAUCCAGCAACUGCACCAAGACAUCCAGGACUCAAAGGGGCUUAUCAAGGAGAAAGACCACAAAAUCACGGAGUUGUCUAAGGAUGUGUUCCGUUUGAAGGAGGCCCUAGGAGCUCUGACUCCACCAAUGGGGUUAUCUGCCUGCACUACUUCCUCUGGAAUACCGGGACAGCAGUUGGCACUUCAGAACAGAGUAUCUGCACUGACCCAGCAACUCCAGGACUGGGAGCUCAAGCACAAAACAGUGGUGGCCACAUAUCGCUCUCACCUCUUAGCUGCAGUACAAGGUCGCAUGGAUGAAGAGGUGCAAGCUCUUUUGUACCAAAUCCUUAGAAUGACCCAAAAUAACCAAAGCCAUUAA